GUCAAUGUCAUCCGCUGCGGAAAGAAUCGCCUGCAUUGGAGAAAAGCCAAUUUUUUUCGAAAAUCGCUAAUAAAAAUUCACCGACAGUGAAUUUUGUGUGAAAAACUCAAAAUAUUUUUCCAAAAAGUGUAUGUUGUGGUGUUAUGUAAUAUUCCUUCUGAUAACUAUCCCAAUGGUAGGAAAAGAGCAAAAUAAAUUAAAAAACAAAAACAAUGUGUAACUAAAUCGCGUGAUCGAGGAGACAUGUCUGAGGAACAUGACGUGGAAUGUCCUAUGGAAGACGAGAAACAGACGGACGAGAGCGAGGACAAAGUGGUCGAAAAUGACGAAGUAGGCGACAAACCAGUUGACGAGAAUGCCGAAGACUGUCGAACGACGGUUAAUACCGAAGAACCAAGUGCCAACACUUCCAAAGAUGACAGUGCCAUAGAUGCCAUAGACAAAGAAACGCUGAGUAGCGAGGUGGAUGAAAAAAAGGAUGUAUAUGGUGCCAACGAGAGGACGACGCCGUCGUUGACCUGGACGGCGGAGGGCAACGAGUUCAAGAUAUCAUGGAGCCUGCCGGAAGGAACUGCUACAGAGUUCGACUACAUCGCACUAUGCUGCAUAGAGUCUGCAGACUCGGGCUCCGUCGUCGGGCGCGUGCCGGCUACCGGAUGCGCCAGCGGCGACAUAAUGUGGCUUCUUGACGAGCCUAAUCAACCUUAUGAAGACUGUGAACAACUACUAUGCUUCCGCUACUACAAUGGAGAGGGCGAGGAGUGCGCGGCAGAGUCUUCAGCACUCCCCCCUCGGUUCAAGGUGGACCUCAAGAAACUCCCCCUCCGGCUCAAGGAGGGCAUGUCGAGGAAGCGCAGCGGCGACCAGGUGUCGCCCUUCUCAUACAACAACGAGAGCUUCGAGAUGAACUCGGAGAACCCUCCCCGCGUCGAGUUCGUGCCCGGCACCAGUCACGACAUCAAACAUCUCAGCGAGAACGUCAACAAAUGCUCAAUUAGUGCUUUAGAAAGUAACGGGAACAAUCUCGAACAAACAAAAUGUGAUCCUAGUAAAUCUCUAGUUAGUAAUUUAAGCCAAGAAUCUCAAAAUGUAAAUAGUGAAUCUCGAAGUGCAACAGACUGCAAACCCACGUCGUCAGGAGUGAAGAAGAAGUGUCCUCCCCCAGUAGACACUGGUGGCGGUCAGGCAAUCCAUGGCGUCAAAAAGAAAUCAAUAGCUAAUAGUGGCUUUGACUCGCCCACUUCUCCGGGUACCGAGUAUUAUAAAAUAUGGUCACCAAAGAAUCCUUGCAAAAUAAUGAAGUUCGUUUACGACGUAGAGAGUGCGAAUGUGCCCAGUGAAGCAGAAAAGUCACCGGUGCCACCCCUGCCGCCGAGACAAUCACACAAGCCUCUCGAGAGAAUGCACGCGUUGCCCCCGCCACAGGUACCCAGACAUAGAAAGCCAAAAAAAUUAACUAAACCCGAAGACGCGUUCAACUUUGAAUUGAUAGACACGGAUGAACAAUUCUUCACUGACAAUAACAUUACAAACUCGGCCGCUUUGCAAGGAGAAUUAAAUGAUUUCAAACCAGGAGAGUUUUAUUCUGGUAAUCAGGUAGCUACGUCGUCUACGGCGAGUUUUUGGCGAGGUGGCCAAAAUGUAGCGCCCUUAGCGACGCCUGAAACUGACGGCAGCUUAUGUGAAUCCACUAUUUCGUCGAUGAAAUUAUCUAGGUUAAACGAGGAGAAGAGAUCUAAAGAUGUACCUGAUGGCGCCCCGAGCGUAAGUAGGAAUAAGAUAUUGUUUAUAAAAGAUAUAGGUCCCGAUAAUUAUAUUACUACAACAUUCGCACGGAAAGACAAACCGAGUCCUCCCAAAGAUGUAGUCGAUGGAGUGAAUCGAACGCCAAAUCAUGCCAAGUCUGAAGAAAAAGCGCAACACACGUUUUUAAAUGAUAUUAGUAAUCAUUCCGAGUUUGAGGAUGACAACAGGAAUCAGAUCGAAGAGAAAGAAAUUAUAUUAAAAGGUCACAAACCACUGACGAGGCAGAACUCUGGCCGCGCCACGCCGACCAUGAUGACGGCGUUUCUAAAUUCAUCCCACGUAGAUCCUCCAACAAGAGAGACAGAUAACAACAGUUCGAAUGGUCACAGUUCCUGUAACUCCUCGCAAUCGACGUCACCAGUCGAUGAGUCAAAUAAAAUGAUGCCAAGCGUGGGAACUAUGAUGAUGAACCGCAAGCAUUCCUGUGAUUCAUCAACACCGAAGCAUUCGAGCUUACCGAGGCAUUUGAUAAAGACUCUGGGCUGUGAGGGGACUCCGAAGCACUCGCCGAGCAAGACCCCGAACAAUGUAGAGAGUCCCGUGCGGCCACAUCCGAGGGUGCUGACUAGGGUGGCGGCGUUAGCUGGCGGGGCGGUGCCACAAUGCCCUCCCACGCCGACACAUCACGCAAGAAGACCGAGGCCACUCCCUCCUCCCGACUUACACCCUCCACCUGUACAAAACUCAGAAGGGAGAUUACACGAAAACUUUGAAAUGGUCGAGUUCACGAAUGAACUGAGAACAUCUGAGAUUAGGUCGCCAAACAUGGAGUUUGUGAACAGCAAUCACUUUACGAUAGUCCAUGCUGGUCCGCCCGAGGACGUGGUACUAAGGAGGCCGAGGCCGGUUGAUGAUAUUGAUGACAAUGACAACGCGGUGGCCUCGCCUACGCCUUUGAGGCACAUGGCGGGAAUAAGGCUGCCUUCAAUACCGGAAAGGGCAUCAAGGCAGAUGGCUUUGACGGGCGAUUUUCCUGCUAAUAUGAUUGGGGGGAUUAUUGAGUGUGAAGAACCUUUACCUGCAGGUUGGGAAGCCCGCAUGGACAGUCAUGGACGAGUGUUCUAUAUUGACCACAUCAACAGGACAACGACGUGGCAGAGGCCUGGCGUCAACGGAACCACCCCGAGGUCACCUGCCCCUGAAGUUCAAAGGCGCCAGUUAGAUCGACGGUACCAAUCAAUCCGUCGUACAAUGACGCGAACCCAGCUAUCAGAGGAGGACGCGCCCCCCUCCCCCGCGCACCCCUCCAGCUCCCGCGCCCCCGAUUCGCGACCUGACUCCCGCGCGGAUACGCCGAGAGUGAAUGAUACGUCGCAUGUGCCGCAUCCAGCUGCGUUCUUCCUUGCUAGACCUGAUUUCUACUCUAUAUUGCAUAUGAACCAGGAAGCAUCCCUCCUUUACAACGGCAACUCCACCCUCAAGCACAUGAUAUCUAAAAUCCGACGGGACACCACGUCUUUCGAGCGAUACCAACAUAACCGGGAUCUGGUGGCUCUAGUCAACAUGUUCAGUGAGUCUGAUAGAGAACUGCCGCUGGGAUGGGACACCAAGCUCGAUAGAAAUGGCAAGCGUUUCUUCGUGGACCACGUGAUGCGCCGCACUACAUUCAUCGACCCGCGCGUGCCGCGCACGGCGGCGGCGGGCCCGUUCUCGCCGCUGUUGCCGCAGCGAAGACGCCCCGCUAUCGAACCUCCGCCGGCACCAACCCCCCCUCCGAGGCCACCAGUGUCGGCUGCGGACGCGCAAGUACUUAACACGCACCAAGAGAUACCUGUUGCUUACAAUGACAAGGUGGUAGCAUUCCUCCGUCAGCCGAACAUAAUGUCGAUCCUGCGGGAACGCUGCGGCGGCUGCGGCGGUGCUCUGCGGGAGAAGGUCAACAGCGUGCGAGUGGAGGGAGCCGCCGCGCUCUGCCGCUACCAGAACGAUGUGCAGCUCACCUGCUUACUCAGCCUGUUCGAGCAGGAGAUUAUGAGCUAUGUGCCGGCGGGCGGGUGCUCCGUAGCCGCGGGCUCCGCGGGCGCUUCGCCCUCGCCAGCCGCGUCACCGGCCGCCGCGCGCAGCACGCGAGCGCCUGCUCCCCAACGCAGGGACUUCGAGGCUAAGCUACGAGCGUUCUAUAGGAAGCUUGAAAGCAAAGGCUAUGGACAAGGGCCUGGUAAAUUAAAACUCCACAUUCGCCGCGAACAUCUCCUAGAAGACGCGUUCAGAAGAAUCAUGUCAUGCGGCAAGAAGGAACUGCAGAAGGGCAAGCUCUGUGUCCUCUGGGACGGAGAAGAAGGCCUGGACUACGGCGGGCCCAGCCGAGAGUUCUUCUUUCUGCUGUCGAGAGAACUCUUCAACCCUUACUACGGACUCUUCGAGUAUUCUGCGAACGAUACUUACACAGUUCACGUGUCUCCGAUGUCGGCUUUCGUCGAUAAUCAUCAUGAAUGGUUCCGUUUCUCUGGUCGCGUGCUGGGCCUAGCACUAGUGCACGGCUACCUCCUCGAGGCGUGGUUCACGCGAGCGUUGUACCGCGCGCUGCUGCGGUUGCCGCCCGCGCUCGAAGACGUUGAUGCAUUGGACGCGCAGUUCGCUGCCUCGUUGCGAUGGUUACAGUCAGCGCGUUGCGUGUCAUCGCUGGAGCUGACAUUCGCGGUAUCGGAGCGGCUGGCGGACGGGCGGGUGCUGGAGCGGGAGCUCCGCCCCGGCGGGCGCGAGCUGGCGGUGACGGAGCGCAACAAGAAGGACUACCUCGAGCGCCUCGUGCGCUGGCGCUGCACGCGCGGCGUCGCCGACCAGACCGAGUGGCUCGUCCGCGGCUUCCAUGAGGUGGUAGACCCGCGACUGGUGGCCGCAUUCGAUGCGCGAGAACUAGAGCUGGUGAUAGCGGGCGCCCCGGAGCUGGACGUAGCCGACUGGCGGAACAACACGGAGUACCGCGGCGGCUACCACGACGCUCAUCCUGUCAUCAUCUGGUUCUGGCAAGCUAUUGACAGGUUCACGAACGAGCAGCGUCUGCGGCUGGUGCAGUUCGUGACGGGAACAUCGUCGAUACCUUACGAGGGAUUUUCGGCGCUUCGCGGCUCGACGGGCCCGCGGCGCUUCUGCAUCGAGCGCUGGGGCCGCGUGGAGUCGCUGCCGCGCGCACACACGUGCUUCAACCGCCUCGACCUGCCGCCCUACCCCACGCCGCACCUACUCCACGAGAAACUACUGCUUGCAGUCGAAGAGACCAACACCUUCGGCAUCGAGUGAACUCGUCAGCUGCACGACUCUAGCUGAGUCAAUGCCUACCUACGCCGCGCUCUCCGCUCGGUUUAUGAAUGUUACAUUAUUCCGCGCGUCACCCAGAGCGCUUCUGUAAUUUUAUACGCUUUUCCAUGAUCCUGGAAACCAACACCGGCCCUAUCUUAUCUUGGCCAUAACGUUACCAUUUUUUUUGUGGUAUGAUUAGUUAUCUGGCACGUUACGAUACCCAUGAUAAAACCACAUUUUUAACCGCAUGGUUUUAUUUUGCAAUCAAAGAAGGAAAUUAGAAAUAUUACAUACACACUAUGUAGACGUUUUCUGUAUCCUUGAAAUUAACACAAAUUGUACUUGUAAUUAAGUUUAUUCGACCAGAGUUAAGUUUACUCUAGUAUUGAAAAUACUUUGCAGCUGUAAAUAAUUGUGACUAACUACAAGUAUUGUUGUCAAUGUAUAUAAUAGUCAAUUGAUAGUGUAAUGGACAAACAAAGAUAGGAAUAUUUUAGCAGUGUAUAAAUGAACAUGUUGUAGAUGUGCCUAGGUAUUUAUUAUCAUAACUGGCCACGUAUCCUACGAGGUUUGUACUUUAUUAUCGCUUUUAUUAUAAGUGAACGUAUAUUGUGGCUGUGAAACGGGACUCAAGUCCUGUGUUUAGUAAAUACGCUUUUACGUCACUAAUUUAAUAAUAUUAUUUGUAACCUUUAUCACCCUUGAUAAGGACAGUUAAUUUUAAAUUAUAGCAGAACCUCGGAUGUAUUAUUUUAGUUGUGUAACUUUGAUUAUUCAUGGAAACUAAACCAUAAAGUUGACGCAACUUACCUGCUAAUAUAAUUUAAACUAUUUUCUGUAUUUAAUGUUUUUGUAUUUUAUUUACAAGCAACACUAGUCAGCUACAAUUAUAAUUAUCAAUAAUGUUGUUUUAACUAUUUGAACACUUGUAGUGUUUGAUAUAGCCGCUGCAUGCGGUCAUAGCUAUCUUGUUCUGUAUCACAUAUAAAUAUAACAUUUCUACUAUAAUUAUACCUACUUACAUAUUGAAUCAUGGAUGUGAAAGUAACAGAUCAAUAAACAAUAUUAUGUUCCUUUGUUAAACAUUUAUUAUGAAUUAGAACAGUUGUAUAGUAAGUAUUGCUGCGAGUGCAGCGCACAGCUGUCACCACAGCAACAUGCAGAUAUAGAACAGUAGUGUGUCUCCUAAUGUAAAUAUAUUUAUUGUGCUUAUCAAGUCUACACUCCUGUGUAAUUAAUGUUUAUUUUUGUAAGUAAUAAUUCUAUUAUGUUGAAUAUUUAACUCAUGUGUAUUGUUUUGUAUCUCUAAAUUUUAAGUAAAUUGUUUUUGUGUGAAAGUGAUAAAAUGUGUCAAUAUACAACAUUACUUGAUGCCUAUUGGUUUCAUUUACCCUUUUAGCUAGCCACUUGUGCAACUACAGAUUAUGAUUCUUAUCACAUUACUAGACUAGAGAGGCAGGGGGAGGAAGCAAAAUGACAGGAAAAUAAUUAAGAGAAAUAUCACACAUACAAAAUGUUUAUUUUUCUGAAGUUGUGUAACAACAAAAAUCAACCUUGUUAUUUUUAAGACCUUAUCUUUUAACAUAUAUCAACUAUUUACAGUUCCCAAAGUCUGCAUUUGUCAACACAAACUCAUGAUAAAAAAUGCAACAAGGGUUACUUUCAUGUUCUACUCUAAAUUGUGACAGAGUUAAUUCAUAGCUUGUCACAGUCAGUAAGUUUUAAAAUCCUUAUUCCAUAAUAAAACUCAGUUAAAUCAUAAGCUGUGAUUACAAUAUGAUAAAAGCUACUGUUAUUAUAGUUCCGUAUGCAUACUGUAGCUAUGUGAAUCCAAAAUUAAAACUCUUAAAAAUUAUCCUCCCCCUCUACAACAUCCUAUGUGAUUCGCGAGCACGACUAGUCAACCCCCAUAUCAAUAACUAUGAAAUUUAACCUGAUAAAGUCAAAUAGUAAAUUGAAAGGUGGUUUCCGAAGAAAUCAACUAAAUUUUAAUGUAAUAUAAUACACGCUCGUGUAAAUAUUUUGUAUAUUUACUUCAAAAAUAACGGUACAUACAAUAUUUUUAAUUUGUAUCUCUAUCGAAAGGGAGAAGAACGAAGGCUCACUGUGAGUCUAGCCAAGAGAGGGAAAAUCCUUGCUGUCAUCGACCUUGGGCGGAGCGGCCUGAGCACGCAGCGGCGGGCGCUCCUCCACAACCUCGGGCUCGCGCGGCGGGCCUCGGCCCCGGCCGCGACCGCGUCCGCGCCCGCGCCCGCCGGUACCGCCGCGCCGGGCCGUGUCGUUGAACGUGAACUCGAUGCCGAGCACACGCUUUUGGCGGCCCACGCGCUGCGGGUAGUCGGCCAUGUCGAACUCGUCAUCGCUGUCAUCGUCCUCACCUCUUUCGCCUUCCUUCUUCUUCUCGAGCAUGACCAGGUUCUUCCACUGGCUCAAGUCCUCACCCUCACCGGCCUUUCGCAAGUUGUACUGCGGUUGCGUGCGCUGGGCAUUUCGGAGCGCCUUAUACUCGUCGAGCGUGAGUUCGCGCGGUUCCUCUUCGGUGGGAGCGGCGGCGCGCUCAGCCUCGGGCUGCUGUCCGUCGCCGGCGCCGGCACCAGCAGCAUCAGCCACUUUCUCCUCAGCUACCUCACCUUCGGAUCCGGUCUUGUUGAGCUCGUCAAUCUCGUCCUUGAGAGUGCCCCAGUUAUGAGGGCCGGCGCCCUCACGCUUGUCAACCGGCUUCACACCAGUCUUGUCCGAGCCGGAUCUCCUGUCAAACUCGCGCUUGCCUCUAUUGUCGUACGGACGCGGCCCGCGCGGUCCGUCGCGAGGUUCACGCGGUGGCCUCGGCCCACGGCGCUCAGCUCCAUCAGGAUUGUCGCUGAAGUUGCGGCGCUCGUAAUUAGGCCUGCGGUCGCCGAACUCGCGGCGAGGUGGUCGAGGAGCUCCCUCCUUGUUCUCAACGGCACCGUUCUGCGGCCGAUCCUCACGGCGACGCGGAGGUGGACGUUCGGUGUUACGCUCGUUAGGUCUGGCAGGACCUUUGGCCUUCUGUUGCUCACCGCUCCUGUUUUCUUGAGACUUAACAUUUUGGGUUUCCUUGAUUCCCUUCCUGGUAGCGGGAGCGCCACCUUUAGGUUUGGUCUCAGGUUUGCCCUUGUUCUCCUUUUCGGCUUCUUUGGUCUUCUUUUUGAGCUCCUUCGCUUGCUCUCGCGCUUUUAACGCAUCAAGAGGAUCGGACUCAUCGUCCAAGAAAAGAGCGUAUCUGUUAACAACCCCCACACCGUAGGAAUUCUCCAUUGUGAUCCUCUUGAUGAUUUAAUCACACAAUAACUGGAUGUUGGUGGAUUAUUUUCACGCACUUUAGUAAGGCGACAUUUUGUCUUAUUUUAUUGAUUUCAUUUAAUAUGGCGGACGUAAGCGAACGCACCUAAUACGCCAUAUGACGAAAAGGAAUAGAGAAAAGAAUGAAAA